AUGUUGGGAGAAAAGCACUCAUGGCUAUCAACCCCCCUACACCGCCUAGGGCUGCCCUUGGCCCUGGUGCUUGUGGCCCUGGGGACCGGAUGGGCCCAAGAGGGAUCAGAACCCGUCCUGCUGGAGGGUGAGUGCCUGGUGGUCUGUGAACCAGGCCGAGCUGCUGCAGGGGGACCCGGGGGAGCAGCCCUGGGAGAGGCACCCCCAGGUCGGGUUGCUUUUGCUGCAGUCCGAAGCCACCAUCAUGAGCCAGCAGGGGAGACCAGCAACAAUGGCACCACUGGAGCCAUCUACUUCGAUCAGGUGCUGGUGAAUGAGGGAGGAGGCUUUGAUCGGACCUCCGGCUCCUUCGUGGCACCUGUUCGAGGAGUCUAUAGUUUCCGGUUCCAUGUGGUGAAGGUGUACAACCGCCAAACAGUUCAGGUGAGCCUGAUGUUGAACACAUGGCCUGUCAUCUCUGCUUUUGCCAAUGACCCUGAUGUGACCCGAGAGGCAGCUACAAGCUCUGUGCUGCUUCCCCUGGACCCUGGGGACCGGGUGUCCCUGCGCCUUCGUCGGGGAAAUCUGCUGGGUGGCUGGAAGUAUUCAAGUUUCUCUGGCUUCCUCAUCUUCCCACUCUGA